AUGCAUUGUGUGUUCAGAGACGCAGGGACAUAUGUUUACAAACACUGCACACAAUACAAUAGCACCUGGUGUUCGCCAUGUGCUCAAAAAUCAUUCAUCGACCUUCCCAGUAGUCUCCCAGAAUGUUUGCCUUGCAAUGCGUGUCAUCCAGAUUUAGGGUUAAGAACAGUCAGGGAGUGCACUCCCACCUCUGACACAGUGUGUGGGCCUCUGGAUCAGCACUACUGCACUGAGACACAUAAGAAGGGCUGCAGAUUUGCACAGAGACACACCAUCUGCAGGCCUGGGCAAUUCAUCAAACGCAAUGGAACAACACUGACUAAUACUGAAUGCGGAGAAUGUCCUGACAGAACAUUUUCAGAAAAUUAUUUUUCUGCAUUCUGCAAACCACACACAGAUUGCCAAUCCUUGGUACUUCAGGAAAUUACAGCUGGAACAAACACAUCAGACAGUGAAUGUGGACCAAGAAAUUAUCCUCGGUCCAGAGUUGCUGGGUUUGUGCCUGCGGUGCUUGUAGUACUUCUAUUAACUGUCAUUUUAGGCAAGAUAAUGAAGAGUGAACAUAAUCGCCAGAGAGAACAGCAGAAUGAAGAGAGGAGAAUGAAGAACAUGGAAACAGAAAAUGAAAACGUGUCAAACCAGCGGCAGGAGAACGGUGUAGGAUCCACAUUUCCCACAAAGGACAAUUCCGCGACGUCCACCCCGCAUGACGUCUAGUUCGUUUCAGCCAAUCCCGGAAUGGCGGGAGCAGUAAACUGUCCCGUAUAGGACCAAAACAUGUUCUCGGGAUCCCCCAUCUUUCUUCCUCUUCUCCUUCGAUUCAUUCCCUUCUUCAACGCACCCUUUUUGGCCAUUUGCUUCAGCUCAUCUGCUCUGAGACUCGGACAAAGGCUGAAUGCUGCACAGCACACUACCAGGCCUACGGACACACCCAGUUACCUUGCGGUAACUUCGUGGCCUGUAGCGAAUGGAAACUGGUGUACGCGGAACGCAACAUCAGUUUACCCCUGCAAAGCUCACCAACGAACAACAGCAACAAACUUUUCCACCCGGAAAAGGGACCAACGAACAUCCUUCCAGCAACCGAGCGGACCAGACGACAACGCACGGCUUUGCGCGCCUCUCCAGGACAUCAUUCACAGCACCAUCACGGCUCCUGUAAGGACAGCACGUCUUUUGGAUCCAAUGCGUAUGGACUCAGUAAGAGAACAAACAUUUAGGCAUAGCCAGUGUUUAGUUUAGUCUUAACUGUUUUUGUGAAUCUGUGAUUCCAUAUUUGCCGUCUUAUCAUUGGAAUGUAUUUUGUUAGCUAUAUAUGUAUAUAUAUAUAUGUAUGUGAAUUGAUUCACAGUCUUUUGCACAUAUAUAGAGUAAACUAUGCAAGUAGUCUCUUCUCACAGCUAACAAUAACUAACACACUUUUACUUUCCUUUGUUCAAGGGACACAC